AUGUUUUCUUGUGAAUCAUGUGGUGAAAAGUUUAUGAAACACAAGUCUUUACUUCUACACAAAACCAAAUGUAAAAUUAUCAAUUGUGAAAAAUGUAAACGCAAAUUGAAUCGGUUAGAUUUUUUGAACCAUCUCAUACAAUGUAAAAACAGAAAAACAACAGAUUUAGGUGAUUUUGGUACAUUCAAGCUGCACAAAAAGGCUUACAAAAACACGCUUGCAGUUUACGUGAAAUCAGACAAUUGGACUUCAAUUGAAAACCUUUUAUCAACCGAAAAUGGAAACAUUGAAACUCUGCUGAAAUACAUACUUGAGAAGCUGGGCUCAGUUAAAGUGCAAGCAUGCGUACUACUCAAAUUCAUCAAACAAAAAACUGAUGGUGAAAUGGAUUCUACAGAAAUAUACAAAGUUUCGGAAAUGCAUAGAUUAACGAGUAUGCAUAAUUUUGAUGACUUGAUGAAGGAUUGGAUUGAAAAACUUGAACUUUCAAUUGAUCAAUUCACGCAAAGAGGAAGUGGAUGGGUACUCGAUCAAGUAAAAGUUCUAGAAAUACGAAUCGGAAAGUUGAAGGAACAUAGCGGAGGCUGCAGCACAACUCGACUACCACCCGAGUUACUUCGUAAGAAAAGUAUAUUAUCUCCAAAAUGCAAAAAUUUCUGUUUCAAAUGGGCUGUUCUCAUGGGUCUUCAUCCACAGAGAAGAAAUAAAGAAAAAUUGUAUCAAUACAAAAAUUAUGAAAAUUUAUAUGAUUUUCGUGAUGUAAGUGCAAAGACUGGUUUAUCUGAGAUAAAACGAUUCAAGAGGCGAAACAACAUUUCAAUCAAUCUCUAUACACUGUCGCUUGAUAAAAAAAGGAAAAUUGUCCCUUUGCUUGUGCAAUACCCACGCAAAGAGAAACACGUCAAUCUUUUUCUUUACAAUGAUCACUUCUAUUGCAUUACAAACUUCAAUGCAUUCAUCAAAUCUAAGGCUUCAUGGGAAAGAUUUUUUUGUUACAACUGCUUAUGCGGUUUCAGGCAGCAAGGAACCUUAACGAAACAUGAAGUUCCUUGUUACAACAAAUCAUCUCAAACAGUUAUUUUACCUGGAAAACAGAAUAUUCCAACUAAAUGUAAAUUCGAUAAAAUAGAAAAAACAAUAAGAUUUCCGUAUGUCGUUUACGCAGAUUUUGAAGCUUUGUUGGUAAAAUCUGAUGUAGCUCUCACACGUAACACCUUUGAGUAUCAAAAACAUGAGGCAUGCUCAUUUGGUUUGGUUGCUGUCGAUUGGAAUGAUUCAAUCAUUUACAAAAAAUUUUACAGAGGUCCUGAUGCAUCAGAAAAAUUCAUUGAAACGUUGUUGGAGCUGCGAGAAUUCCUUCAAACACAUUUGGAUUCUAACAAAAAACCAGUUUUAUUAAAUAAUACUGAACGACAAAUUUUUGAAAGAGCAACUCAAUGUUAUGUUUGUCAUAAACAAUUAAAUGAUGAUAAAGUGCUGGACCAUUGUCAUCUUACAGGAAAAUUUCGAGGAGCUGCGCAUAAUAAUUGCAAUCUAAAAAUGCGUUUACCUGAUAAAUUACCAAUUAUUUUCCAUAAUUUGAAAGGUUAUGACGCUCAUUUAAUCAUUAAAGGUCUCAAGACAGAUUUAAUUAGAAAAAUUAGCGUGAUUCCACAAAAUACUGAGAAAUACAUUGCAAUCAUUAUGGAUGAUUUUCUGUUUUUAGACAGCCUUGCUUUCUUACUUUCUAGUUUGGAUACACUUGCGAAUAAUCUGUCAAAUGCAGAAAAAACAAAAUUUCUAAAGCAAGUAUUUUCAGAUGAAGACUUACCAUUUAUACUUACAAAAGGUGCCCUGCCUUAUGAAUACAUGGAUUCUUGGGAAAGAUUUGAGGAAAGAAAAUUGCCUUCGAUUGAUAAAUUUUAUUCAAAUUUAUCAUUGAAAACUAUUGAUCAACAGACUUAUGAUAGACUUGGAGCAAUAUGGAACCAUUUUAAAUGCAAGAACCUUGGUGAUUUUCAUGACAUUUAUCUCAAAGUUGAUGUUUUACUACUCACCGCGAUUUUCCAAAACUUUCGUGCUACAAGUCUUGCGCAGUUGGGAUUAGACCCAUGCCAUUAUUUUUCUACUCCUGGACUUACUUGGGAUGCAUCUUUAAAAUUUACUGGUAUGGAGUUGGAUCUUUUAACUGACAUUGAUAUGAUUUUAAUGAUUGAAAAUCAAAUACGAGGAGGAAUAUCGUGUGCAAUGUCUCGACAUGCUAAAGCAAACAAUCAAUUUUCCGAAGAAUAUGACCCUGAGAAACCAACAUCAUUUAUCGCCUAUCUUGAUGUUAAUAAUCUUUACGGUUAUGCCCUGAGUGACGUUUUACCAUGCAGAAACUUUGAAUGGGUACCAGAGAAUAUGUUCCAAAAUGUCAUUCAUGAAAUUUUGAAUUCUAGUGAGGAUCGAAAAACAGGAUACAUGCUUGAAGUUGACUUGGAUUAUCCUGCAUCAUUACAUGAUUUGCAUAAUGAUUACCCUCUUGCUCCUGAGAAAAUAAUUGUUGAAAAUGAUCAACUAAGUAAUUAUCAGCAGGAAAUUGUUGAAUUAUUGCAAUCCAAAGGGAUCAAGCGUUACAAAACUGCAAAACUAGUUCCAAAUUUAAUGAAAAAGGAAAAAUAUGUCCUUCACGAACGAAAUUUACGUUUUUAUAUCGAGAAAGGACUUGUUCUUAAAAAAGUACAUCGCAUAAUUAAAUUUGAACAAGAGCCUUGGUUACGACCCUACAUUCAAAUGUGUACUGAAAAUAGGAGAAAGGCUACUUCAUCAUUUGAAAAAGAUUUUUGGAAACUAAUGGUCAAUUCAUUAUACGGUAAAAGUAUUGAGGAUAAACGCAAACAUAGUGAAGUUAAAGUCGCUACAAAUGCCAGACAAGCCUUACAACAAAUAAGACAACCAAUGUUUGAGCAAUUUUACAUUUUGGACAAUAACUUGGCAAUCAUAAAAUUGCGAAAAUUCAAAGUAAUCCUUGAUAAACCGAUUUACCUUGGCUUUAGUGUUUUGGAAUUGUCGAAACUUCACAUGUUUAAAUUACAUUAUGAUCAUUUUCUACCUAAAUACGGAGAAAAUUUGUCAUUAAUUUACACAGAUACUGAUAAUCAUUUUCUAUAUGAUGUUACAAACAAAAAGAAACUUGGAUACCUUAAAGAUGAAAUGGGUGGCGAAAUAAUUGAUGAAGUUGUUGCUAUAAAAUCAAAGCUUUAUGCAAUAAAAUAUGGUACUAAAAAGAAGCUUACUGCAAAAGGAGUUCAAAAAGCAAUUGUCAAAAGCGCAAUCACAAUCGAGGAUUACAAGGACUGUUUGUUCAACAAUGUAUUAUUGAAUCAUGACAAUUUUCGAUUACAGAGCAAACAACAUUCAAUUUCAUCAGUUAAAAUUAACAAGCUGUCUCUUUCGCCCCUCGAUGAUAAAAGAUAUAUUUUGGAUGAUGGAAUCUCAUCUUAUGCUUUUGGACAUUACAAAAUUGUUUAUUGA